AUGAUCACCCUCCCCGUGGUCAAUGACCACGACGUGUUGGUGUUCCGGGUCGAGGAUGUGCGGGCUCUCCGUCACCACGGCGUGUGUGCUACGUUUAUGGGUACUCUUUCCCAUUAUCAACAGCAGAAUGUGUUUAUGCUGGUCCCCAUGAGGUUGAUGAUCUGGGAAGCGUUAUGGCUAGUCCACCACCAGAUCGCUCAACUUGUUGACUAUAAACAUUAUCGGACAGUUCACCCUAGUACCCAGCCAUCCAAGAUUGAUAAUGGUUCAAUGGUGGUCAUUGACGAUGAUGAGGCCGAGUCUGAUAAAGAGCUUCUCGAACAACAUACCAUAAAUGCCCAGCAAUUGGCGCAGAGGUUCAUCAAUGCUCAUCCCCAGUAUACUCCUCAGAGGUUCAUCACUGAGUUUUGGAACUAUGUCCACUUAAAAGACCAAUAUCAAUUCUAUAUAUCUCCUGGUCUAAAAUUUGGAGGUGAUCUCGUGUGCUAUCCUGGUGACCCAUUAAAGUACCAUUCAUACGCUGUCGUCCGUUAUGCCGUGGCAAAUUUGAUGGACCUUGUGGUGGCAGGAAGACUCGCUACUCUGGUGAAGAAAACCAUUCUCUUAAUUGAUGAUGCCGAGGAGGAUACCUCUACCGAGAACGGUCUAGAACAACUACUGAAACCGCGGGCUAAACGAACGUUCUCGAUCGAGUGGGCUGGGUUUGGCUAA